AUGUGGUGCCGGUCCUCAAUGCGCAAAAUCAAUUUUGCACUUUUCCACCACGGCAGCGUCUUACCAAUCCGCAGCUACGCCACUUCCAAUCAACAUGCAGCCAGGUCGCGCAGAGACGCCGAUGUCAUUGUUGUUGGUGCAGGCAUAGCUGGUGUUUCGGCAAGUAUUGCGGCGGCCGAGAAGGGCGCCAGUGUCAUCCUGCUUGACGCAGCCCAUGGAGGAGGCGCAUCAGCGCAGUCCGGGGGUGUCGUCUAUGCGGGCGGAGGCACCGACCAGCAAAAGGCCGCAGGCUAUGGACAUGAUACACCCUCCAACAUGUUCAACUACCUCAAGCAGGAGGUGGCAGGUACUGUUGAUGACAAGACUCUGCAGACUUUCUGCGAUGGCAGCGCGCAACGGCUCAAGUGGAUGGAGCGCCACGGCGCGAAGUUUGAAGCCUCGCUGUGCCCAUGGAAGACUAGUUAUCCGACCGACAAGCAUUACCUGUACUUUUCAGGCAAUGAAAAGUCCUGGCCUUACAACACAGCUGCCGAACCCGCUCCUCGAGGCCACCGAAUGAAGAGCCCCGGCAUGUCCGGUGCCGCUUUGUGGCGAGCCAUGUUUCAGAGUGUUCUCAAGCUUGGUGUCCACGUCAAGCCUGCCACCAGGGUUGAUCGCCUGCUCUUCGAUCAGGAUCCAAAUGGUGUUGCCAUACGGUCCAUCGAGCCCGAUACACGUGAUUUCUCCCGCCAUAAACGACUCGCACGUCUGGGCCAUAAUUCUCAACUAAUGGUACCUGAGUUAGCCGAUCUCUUUUUGAACCGAGCAGAAGCCAUCUGGGAAAAAUCAAGCACUUCUUCCACUCUCCACGCACCAGCCAUCAUCCUGGCUGCUGGCGGAUUCGCUUUCAACAAAAAGAUGCGGCAAGAGUACCUCCCCGAGUUCUCCCAAGUAGCACCUCUGGGCACACGAGGUGAUGAUGGGUCAGGCAUUCGUCUUGGCCAGUCUGCUGGUGGUGCCGUGGGCAAGAUGAAUAGCAUGUCCGCAUGGCGUUUCUUAUAUCCCCCAACAGCUUUCCUCGAGGGCAUCGUGGUGUCACGCGACGGCAAUCGAUUUAUUAGCGAAGACAUCUACGGGGCGACCAUGAGUGACGGCAUGAUCCGCGAACACAAAAGCACCGCAUUUGCCAUUUACGACUCGAUCCAGUGGGCCAAGGCCAAAUCACAGCUUGGCGAGCAAACGCAGUCGCCCCUCAAGCUUCAGAGACUUCACACGCUCUUAUGGGGACACAAGAAGUCGUCGACUCUAGAAGGCUUGGCACUCAAGUUUGGCAUAUCUCCGGAUGCCCUCUGCCAGACAGCCUCUGCAUACAAUCGAGCCAUUGCCGAAGGAGAGACGGAUCCUAUGCACAAGUCGGCCGAAUACUGCACUCCGCUUAGCCAAGGUCCCUUUUAUGGAGUCGACAUCUCAGCGCAGCCUACCGGCAUCCAAGUCACUCACGGGCUCACGUUGGGAGGUCUGACUGUUGAUGGCGAAACAGGACUGGUCUGCCGCAAGGAUGGUUCUAAGAUUAAGAGGCUGUACGCAGCUGGAAGGACCGCUGUCGGGAUAUGCUCCAACUCGUACAUCAGCGGGCUUUCUAUUGCUGAUGGUGUCUUUUCCGGAAUCAGGGCGGGGGAACAUGCUGCAAAGAUGGCAUUGGGGUCUGAUUAA